AUAGUAUAAUAAAAAAGAGAUAUAUAUAUAUAUAGAUAUAAAAUAAAGAAAGUUGGGUAAAAUAAAAUAAUGAUGAUGGGUGUGCAAACUUUCGGUUGCUUUGCAAAAGAUGGAUUAAAAUAAAUAUAAAAAAGGAAAAGAAGGUGGAGUGGGAAACAGGAGUGCAUUGAGUAUUUGAUAUAAUAAUAAUAGUAAUAAAAAAAUAAAAAGUGAGACCACUUGGAGAAUGUAAUAUCUUCUUCGCAGACCACUUGGAGAUAUCCUUGAGAUUCGUUUGGUAGGGUGUGAUUAAAAAAGAAAAGGAAGGAGAGAGAAAGAGCCCUUGUGAUUUGCUGUCACCAUCACGGGGCAACCCUUUUUGCCGAGAUUGACAGACAAACCCUUCCUGUAACCCUGUCCAACCAUACUGCCUAGGUGCCAUCGCCGAAAGGAAAGGGGCGAGAGAGAGGAGUGCAAAGAUGUCUUUCUUGGUGAGGUUUUGGGUAGUGAUGAAUUUGAAGAAAUUGAGACAGUCAUCGACGACGAGAUCGACAUCGGGGAGGAAGGUUGUGAGGCCGUUGGACUGGCUAUGGCCUUCGAGAUCUAGGGCGAAGCAGGCGAAUCCAUGUUGGGCGAGGAAGAUUGGGGUGGACUGGAAUGUCCAGCUGAUGUCGUUGCCGUAGCUGUGGACCAUCAGAAUGACGCCACGUGGAGGGGAGCUGGAAAGGGGAAGCCAUGAUCGAGUGAAGAGGGUGAGGCCUCUGGGUGAGGUGUAGAAGGAUUUGGUGGAUUCGAUGCGUUUAGAAAGAUUUUGAAUACGGAUGGACCGAGGGGUCUGUAUAGAGGAUUUGGGAUUUCAAUACUGACUUAUGAUCCUUCAAAUGCAGUUUGGUGAGCAUCCUACUCUGUUGCGCAGAGGCUUGUUUGGGGUGGAAUUGGAUGUUAUCUUUGCAAGAAAGACUCGUGCAGGAAUGAGAAUGGUGGGAACAGUUUUAGACCAGAUUCGAAGACUGUAAUGGCAGUUCAGGGGGUGAGUGCAGCCAUGGCAGGUGGGGUUUCGGCUUUGAUUACGAUGCCACUUGAUACAAUCAAGACAAGGUUACAGGUUUUGGAUGGAGAUGAGAAUAAUAAUGGGCGUAAAGGGGUACCAACAAUGCGACAAGCUGUUCGAAAUUUGGUAAGAGAAGGUGGAUGGAUGGCUUGUUACAGAGGACUUGGACCUCGCUGGGCUUACAUGUCAAUGUCAGCAACCACCAUGAUCACUACCUACGAGUUUCUCAAACGCCUUUCGGCCAAGACUCAAGAGGGAGAGGAAGGUUUGAAUUGGUUGAGAUCCGGCGGGCGGUCAAGGCAAGGUUGCCGCCCGCCGGAAGGCGAAGAACACCAAGAUCUUUAACCUUGCUCUGAUACCAAGUAAAAAAACUGAUGUAUUAUUGAUUGAUUGAAUGUUGUA